AUGGCGGGGCUGAGGCCGUGGGGCAGCGCUCUGCUCCUCCUGGCCCUGCUGUUCCCCCUGGCGCUGCCUUUGGAAGCCGGGAGGGAAGAACUGCUGGAUGCCGCCGCCGCCGCCACCCCUUCCCUGCCGCUGAUCCAAAUGCUCCUGAGCCAGGCGCCCCCCAGAUCCUGCCCCCCCGGUCGGGGCCGGAGGCGAGCCAGCGGGCAGCCCCUCCGCUACAUGCGGGACCUCUACCGGAGCAUGGCGGACCGGCACGGCCGGCCCCGCAGGGACUGGCGGCUCUCCAGCAACACGAUCCGCCUGGUCCGGCCCUCGGCCAAGGCCCGCCAGGCCGGGACAGGCCCCUGGUUCGUCUGGGCCCUCGAUUACCGCCUGCAAGUGCAGUCACCAGCCCAGCGCCUGGUCAGAGCUGCCGCAGUGUACGCCCAACGCCCGUCCUCACCUCAUGGCCCCCUUUGGUGCACGGCCACCCUGCUCCCCAGUGGAAGCACCCUGCCGCGGGUGCUGGUCAGCCUGGCUCUGCUGAAGAAUAUCACCACCAAGUCUGCCAUGGAGAGCUGGGUGGAGAUGGACCUCUCAUCAAACCUCCAGCCGUGGGCCUGGGCUGCCCGGAAGAGCCGCCUGCUCCGCCUGCAUCACGCCUGCGCCUUCUUGGGAUGGGCCUGGGGCUCUCCCCCUGGGCCUGGCUGGGGGGAGCCCCCUUCCCCGGAGGAUCCCUUCUUGCUGCUUUACCUCAAUGACACUCGGAAAACCCUCGGGGCUGCCCUGGGGGACUCUGUGCCUUUCCCCAGGAGACUCCCCCGGAGUUCUGCCCAUGCCCGCAGGACACGCCGGGCUGAUAAACUGGCUCUUGACCUCCCCAGCUACGGCCGCCCCCCCAGCGUCAAGCAGAACGAGUGUGCCCUCCACCCCUUCCGCGUCAGCUUUCGCCAGCUGGGCUGGGACCACUGGAUCAUCGCUCCCCACUGGUAUCGGCCCCAGUACUGCAAGGGAAGCUGCCCCCACAUCCUGCGCUAUGGCUACAACUCCCCCAACCACGCUAUCGUCCAGAACUUGAUCAAUGAGCUGGUGGACCAGCAUGUCCCCCGCCCCUCCUGCGUCCCCUACGAGUACAGCCCCAUCAGUGUCCUCAUGAUUGAGCAGAACAACAACAUCCUGUAUAAGGUGUACGAGGACAUGAUCGCCAAGUCCUGCACCUGCCGGUGAGCAGCUUUGGCUGGGCAGCCCUGACCUUUGCCCCGGCUGCGUCCCUCUGGUCUCUGGCAAUGAACUCUGUGGGCUGUAGAAUGGCCUCCUUUUCUGGGCUUCGAUUCACGUUCCACCAACUGCCUCACCAAGAGAUGAUCCAGAUUUUAAUGCAUUUGGCAAAUUUUCACUUGGAUCCAAGACGCUCCUUUCGCAAUGACACAAUGGACUAGCACCUUGGUUGGGCUGUUUUACGAAAGGAUUUUUAUGCACAAGUUGGCAAAUCCUUCUCCUCCUUUUUACAAGAAAAAGAGUGCGCUGGCACUCCCGGAACAAUUUCACCCUGCUAGAACUUGGUGGAGAACAGCUGAAGGAAACGCAGCCAGCCCGCUUGAGAAGGGGCUGUGGUGAAGCAGGUGGGUCCACGGAAGGCGGGGGCUCCCCCGGGAGGUGUCCUGAGGGCAUGGGAGGAAGGGAGUCCCUCUGCUCCCGAUCACCAGCGCUCGGUCUCAGCGCUUGUGUGUGGAUCUUGAUGCUGGGAGUUGCGGCCCCUUUGUAGCCCAGCAGGUGGACUGCUUCCUGUAGUCUGGUCGGAAGAAAAAGGACGUGCAGGUUCUGCAGUCACAGGUUUCUCUCCCCCCACCCCCCCGAGGCCCUCCUCCCCCCCGCUCUUCCUCCUCCUGCAAGGGCUGUGUGGUCUCUGGACUACUCGAGCCCCCAUUUUCUGCUCCUGCUGCUUGAGGGGCACUGCUCUGUUGCCAGUUCUUCGCUUUGCUGCUUGUACCCCUCACUCUGCAAAUAAAGUCACGCUCACUGUCACCUGCAAUCUCGGGAGACGUCAAGCAGUGAAUUCCUGAAAUAUUUUUCAAAGAGGGCCUUAUGGCGGGGCAGGGGUGGGAGGGAAGAGCCCGCUGCGAGGGUGCUCUGCUUCCGCGUUUUAAACCAAACCAAGAGGCUCUUUGGGAGUGUGGUUGUGUUGCAGUGGGUUGGGGGCUCGCUUGCCCUGACCCCACCCAGGAGAGAUGGCCGUUUCCACGGCCUGGCCAGGGCGGA